AUGACCAGGUUAUCACAAACAUUGAUGCAUAUCAGUCAAUUGAUUUGGAUUGUUGUAGAAGAUGCCGCACAUAUAUCAUUACCUGUAAAGCAAUUAUUGGAUCGUAGUAAUUUGCAGUAUUAUUAUUUGGCUGUGAAACGUCGACCUGAAGUGCCAGCACGUGGUUGGACCGGACGUGAUGCUGGAUUGAAUUUUGUUCGAAGACGAUUUGCAUCGAUGGGUAACAAUGCGGUGGUAUAUUUUGCUGAUGAUGACAACACUUAUGAUAUUCGCCUUUUCAAUAGAUACAUUCGAAAUGUUGAAAAAGUUGGUGUAUGGGCUGUUGGUUUGGUAGCAUACAAUACGGUCGAAGCACCGAAAGUUCUUAAUAAAAAAGUGGUCGGUUGGCAAACAAUUUAUGCACCAAAACGUAAAUGGGGUUUUGAUAUGGCUGGAUUUGCUGUAAAUCUUCAACUUCUUUUGCAACAUCCAAAAGCAGGAUGGAGGAGAAAGUGUCGCGAACAUUCACCAGAACCAUGUCUAAUGAAUAAUCUGAAUAUAAGCUGGGAUGACUUGACACCUUUUGGCGUGAAUUCGUGGCCACGUGAUAUUCUUGUCUGGCAUACCAAAACUACUGUUAACAUCAAAAGCACAAAUACUUACGGUUAUAAUACUGAAGUAAGCCCUCAAGCUCUAUAG